CAAUCACUUGGCUUUCACGUUUACAGUCUUACAAGAAGGACAAGUCUCAAAGCAGGAUAGGUUAAUAUAUUCAUAUCAACCGCCAUCGGCACCCUGGACAGACAAAGAGCUACAUCGCUCCUGACUUCGUGUCACAAUCACUUGAAUCUUCCAGGCCAUUUGGCAAAAACCUCACACAUACACACACACACACACACACAAUCAACUAUAUUCCAGUUUACAGCAACACGUAUUCAGAUCUUUAUUCUAUUCUCUAUCGCGCUAUGAUGUAUAGCCAUGAGUUGGAAGAUUCUUUCCCCUGCUCAACGCGGGAUUACGUUCCCUAAGGUCUAUCCCGGACCAGUAUCCAAGUCUGUUGCAAUGGCUACAUCAAUUACUAUCGCGUUGCUUCUCGGCGCUAGUACACUCUAUAUCUCACGGCACUACCUCUUUUCGGAUCGAGAGUCUGACGACAAGACAACAACAUCUGACGAAGACGACCAUUCUUUACUCAAGAACCAUGCUUCGUCUCUCCAAUAUGAGACCGAACAUGCUACAUAUCCUUCUAUUAGGACCUUCUAUCACCCACAUGCUCAUGCUGAAAAGCUUCAAGCUAUAGCAGACUUACCUCUGCUGGUAUUUCUUCAUGGCCUGGGCGGUUCGUUGCAUCAAUUUACACCUCUUCUCGGCUCAUUGGUCAACGUCGGCCCAUGCUUCGGCAUAGAAUUGCCUGGUCAUGGCAUGUCAUCAUUCGCUCCCAAGGACUACAAUGCGUAUUCAUUUAAGGCUUUUGUGGCCUUGUGGCGAAAGGCAAUCACGGAGAUAUGCCAUGAACGGGGCCACAAAAAGGUUGUAUUAGUGGCACACAGCUUGGGCUGUUCUAUCGCCGCGACUCUUGCAACAGAUCCGGGGUUAUCGAUUUCUGUUGAAGGAAUUGUCGGGCUCUGUCCUAAAGCGUGCCCGCCCACUCCACCUCAGGUCAAGUCCGCCCGGAAGCUACUUGCUCUGCCGGAUUUUGCUCUGGACGCAUUACGAUUCUUCGACCGGAGGGGCGGCGUCAAUUCAAAGAGUGUUGAAAGGAUGGCAGGUAAAGGCGCUAAGAUCGACCUUCGUCGCCUACAGUUGUCCUUCAACAAGAGCUUCAAGACUCCUGUUUGGAAACGAUCAACACUGGGUUGCCUGCCACAAUAUAACGAGUCUGGAGUUCCGCAUGGUGGUAUUCCUGGCAGAGAAGUAUGGUCGCGGAUCAAAGUCCCCUUGUUUUUGAUCGCAGGCGAAUCCGACACAGUGACAAAACCAGAAGAGUUGCAAACAAUAAUCUCGUACCUGCGCCGGCCAUCUCAAACCAAUAUGAAUGCAGCCACAACCGGCGACACCAUUCCACUCGCCACUGAUUCAAACACAAAUCCAACCACCUCAGGUGUUGAUGAGUCUGGAGCCAACAACAGACCCCCCACAUCUGAAAAUGACCAGACGGUAUCUGACCACCAGUACGGUACUCUCCCUUCAACAAGUGAAAUGUCCAGCCACAAUGCAACGAUCGUCAAAACCGCCGUCCUACCCUCACCAGCCGCUCAUGCUCUGAUGUAUGACCACAGUACGUACCGCACCGUAGCCGGGCUGAUAGAGGACUUUCUUUCUCGUUACGUGUCUCCACAACUCAGCCUAGGCUGGCAACUCCAACAGCUCACCACAUCCGGCAAAUGGGAUGUCAAGAACUUACGGAAAUGGCAGAACGUGAUGCCCGUUUCAGGGCCUAUUGGCCCAAAGGGUCUCUUUCGCGCGCUCAAGACACUGCGCGAGCAAGACCCCAUACACACACCGAGCGUAUUUCUAAGCAAUUGGCGCGACCGCAUAUUUGCCGUCAUCGACAUCUCCCACGACAGUCCUGUCUACGACACGCAGGCCCUCGAGCGCGGCGGCAUAGAGUACCACAAGUUCCCGACCGUGAGUAAAGUGCCCCCCACACCCGUCGAGGUUAAAGAUUUCAUUGCCCUCGUUGACCGGCUACGAGCCGAGCCCGGCCACGAUGACAAAGCGAUCGGCGUACAUUGUCAUUACGGGUACAACCGGACGGGGUUCUUCAUUGCGUGCUACCUCAUCGAACGGGAGGGGUAUAGGCCACAGGAUGCGUUAGACGAGUUUGCAAGGGCGAAACCGCCCGGAAUCAAGCAUGAUCACUUCAUCGACACUUUGUUCAUGCGAUAUCAUGUCGGAUUGAGACGGGCAAGUACGAUCAAGUAGAAGACGCUAGAUAUAGAGAUCCACGAUCAAUUUCAACAAUGCAUGGCCGGUCAAUGGCACGAGAAUAGUACGAGUAAGAGCACUAGCGUUCAUGAGCAGACACGAUUCAAUAAUACAA